AUGUCCUGCUCAUACGACUUGUGCGUGGCCCGGCCACUGCUCAAGGACGCAUGUAAGGCUAUCUUAUCUACCAUUCUUUUCCACAGACUUAUUGGCACAAAUGUCCCCCAAACGCGUAACGUUUUUGGGCCCAGCUCCGGAUCCGGCCAACGUAAUGACGCCGCCAUAGAAGACUCAACACCGGUCGCAUACCCAGCUCUUAGCGAUCCCCACGUCGAUGCGCUUAUUGAAGAAUGUGUUUCACGUGCAGAAAAUCUUGCAGCUACAAAUAUAACAACCACACCUCGAACACAAAAAAUCCUUUGUACCAUCCAAUUAAGGUUCCUCAGACAACCUGUGCUGCCAGAUACUCCAGCGACAGAGCAGGUUGGACGUGUUGUUGUGGAGGACCGGCCGGAUGCUGCAGAGGUUGCAGAUUCGUGGGAGCUUUGGGCCAUUCGCAUUUUAGAAUACGCGACUUCAAAACCUCCAAAUGAUAAAGUUCAUAUUGCUAGAGCUGUUACCCAAGUCAAAUCAAUUCUUACAAACAUUGUUUCACGAGCUUGUGCCCAGCGGGCUCAGAUCCCGGCAAUUGUAACAGUAGCAGUGGCACCAUUUGCUUAUACUUUGGCCGUGAUCCCUGGUGAAAUACCCGAGUAUUCUGUUGGCGCCGAGCGUAGCGGGAACUGA